AUCCUAAACUAAGCCUUCGAAGUGCGCAGACAAACUUUUGGAAACUUCAUGCAUCUGUUGGCGCUCACCGUAGCGCACCUGAAGAUUGCGGGAUUUGCCUGUUUGCAACGUUUGAAGUCAGCAUUUAAAAGAAGGCAUAACUAUUUGAUAACCAAAUAACCAGUAACAUUAUGGAUCCUGUUGUCGAGGCAUUCGCUUUUUCGCUUGCUUUUCUGGGUUGGGUGAUGGUCGGGCUUGCCCUCCCGAACAGGCACUGGCGGGUGUCGACCGUGGACGGUAACGUUAUCACUACAUCAACCAUCUAUGAGAAUUUAUGGAUGUCUUGCGCCACUGACUCGACAGGAGUGCACAACUGCCGUGAAUUCCCGUCUUUGCUGGCCUUGUCCGGCUAUAUCCAAGCAUCCCGUGCGCUAAUGAUCUCGUCUAUUGUUUUGGGCACUUUUGGACUGGUGGCGACUCUAGUGGGUAUGCAGUGCUCCAAAAUUGGAGGGGAGAAUUACGUCAUGAAGGGUCGGAUCGCAGGAAUCGGUGGCGUCUUCUUCAUACUGCAAGGUCUGUGCACAAUGAUUGCAGUGUCUUGGUAUGCUUUCAACAUCACUCAAGAAUUUUUUGACCCACUUUAUCCUGGAAUAAAGUAUGAAAUCGGAGAAGGGCUUUACAUUGGUUGGAGUUCAGCUACACUGGCUUUAUGUGGUGGCAGCUGCUUACUGUGUGCCUGUAGACUGCAUAGCCCAGAAGAAAAAAAAUCAGAUCUUCAGACCUUCAGAUCAUACCCCUACAAGCCUCAAUCAAGGCAUGCAGUUCAAACUGCCUCUGAAAUAUCCCAUAUCCCUUCUAGCCAAUAUGGACGCAACGCAUAUGUAUAAGGAACAUACUGUAUACUGCAGAUGUGGGAUCAACAAAGUAAAGAUAUUACAGACUGUCACAAAACACAGAGACCACACAUCACAAUGACUUUUUCAAAUGCAGUGAUUAAUAAUAUAAUUAUAAACAAGCCUGCUCUCUAGAAACUCUUUAUUACUAAUGUAAAUAGUCUAUAAUUUCUAAUGUAUGCUGAAAGCAUGUAAACACAGAUUGUAACUGUGGUGUUUAUCCAGCAAAGCAUAUUUCUUCUAUGAUAAAAAUAUAUGCAGUAAACAACUGUUAUUACAAGAGUUUGCGAGAAAACAGCAACAAUAUUUGAUAAUACUUUAAUGUAAAAUGAAAGGAAAAUCUGUACAUUUAUUUAAACGUUAUGUCGGACCAGAAUAUUCUAGAUUAGUGACCCUUUUUCCAUAUUCAGAGAUUAGUCAAUCUACCUAUUGGCAUGGUGGGAUGUUUAGAGUUAAAUUCUAUACAAGACUAAACAAUGAAUCAGUACUUCCUUUGAACUGAAUUACUGUGUAAUCAAACAAGAUUUUUAAAUUCUUGUGUAUUUGCUCAAAUAAGCAUAUGUAAUAAAUUAGCAUUCUAAAUCACUCCCAUAAUUUGAAUAUUACUAUAACCUACAUGAUAACACUACACUAUGAGAUGUUGUUUUUUUUAUUCAUAUACUGUUAAGAUCACAAAUGUAAUAAUAAUCAUGUUAUGAGUAAACAACAGGUCUGUGAAUGCCCUCUGCUGGUGAUAUGAGGUUAUGAGGGACUAUAAGUGGUGCAAAGCAAUAACAAAUAUUACCGUGAUUCUCCAAAGGUCUCUUAUUUUGAAAUUCAACAGUCAAAAUUUUACACACACAAUGUGAUUUGCUUACAAACAAGUAAACA